AUGACAAGACAAAGCACAGAGCUUUCGCUUUCCCAGAUAGUUAAAGAAGUAGCACAUCAACAGCAUCAACAGAAUGCAGAAGCAGAGAAAAGCAAGAAUAUUCUUAAUAACUUGCAGGUCAAAUUAUUUGAACUGGAAAAGGAAAAUAAAGUUGUUCUGCAGGAAAUUAGAAAAACUGAGAAAGAGGUUUAUCAUUUAGAGAAUGAAUCAGAAAAUCGGCGACAGUGUUGUGCUGAUCUGGAGGCCCAGCUCUGGAAUCUUAAUGCAAGUAAUUUGCAACUCCAGUAUGGUAUACAACAACAAGAAGAAAAAUAUUUGAAGUUGCUGUCUGAAUAUGAUAAAUAUCGAAAAAAAAUAUUGGCUCAUAAAGAGGUGAUGAAUCAGGUAGAAAGUAGAAAUCCAAUAAUGAUGCAACUUGAAGAAAAAAUGCUUAUGCUCCAAGAAUUAAAGACAAAGAAAGAAGAAUUGGUGACAGAUCUUAUGAAUCCUGAAGGAAAUAUUACAAAACAAGUACAGGAAGAAAUUACAGAAUUAAAAAACAAAAUCCCAGAAAUAAGAGAAGCGAUUAAUGAAAAAUCAGUUUUGCUAAUCAAGGAGCAAGAACGACAUGCUCAGCUUCAGAAAGAGAUAGAGGUGCAGAAAAAAAGGUGUGAAGCCAUACUUAAACGUUUAUAUUGUCAAUUGAAUAAAGUUGAGUCGAAUAAACGGCAGUUGACAUGGGACAUACAACAGAUGGAAAAAACUGCAGCACACCUGAGACAGUGUCUUGGAAUUACAGAAUAA